AGCUGAGGCUCUCAGAUGACACGCGUAGCGGUGGCUUCUCAACGAGCUGUGCCUGGGACGUGCCUGGUGACGUGGGAGGUUGCACCGGAGCGCCCGCCUGCACCCGGAAUCGACUUCAAGAUCAGAACAAUAGAACUAGAUGGAAAGAAAAUCAAGCUACAAAUAUGGGAUACAGCAGGCCAGGAGAGAUUCCGCACAAUUACGACAGCUUACUACAGAGGAGCCAUGGGAAUUAUGUUGGUGUAUGAUAUCACAAAUGAAAAGUCCUUUGACAACAUUAAAAACUGGAUAAGAAACAUUGAAGAGCAUGCCUCUUCGGAUGUAGAAAGAAUGAUCCUCGGUAAUAAAUGCGAUAUGAAUGACAAAAGACAAGUUUCAAAAGAAAAAGGGGAGAAGUUAGCAAUUGAUUAUGGAAUCAAAUUUUUGGAGACAAGUGCAAAAUCCAGCAUAAAUGUGGAAGAGGCAUUCUUCACACUUGCACGGGACAUAAUGACAAAGCUCAACAGAAAAAUGAAUGACAACAGUUCAUCAGGGGCAGGUGGGCCAGUAAAAAUAACUGAAAAUCGAUCUAAGAAGAGCAGCUUCUUUCGAUGCACGCUACUUUGAUGAACUUCUAAUGAUAGACUGCAGCACACUUAGAACCUUUUCUGCUUCUUUGAAAGCACAGGGUCACAAAGCCUCAGAAAUAAUACCACCAAGCUGCUGCUGAGAGCUCCAUUGAACGUAGACUGCGAUACACAAAAUACCAAGUGGAUUUUGCUCACUAAGCCUAUUGACCUAUCAGGCUCCUCUUUCUCAGAUAUGGAAGCUAUGAAGUGGAGACACAAAUGCAAGAGUUAACUUGUUUUCCUUUUUUACUUUCUGUUUUAUUGCCUGUUGCAAAAGCUGCUAUGUUUCUUUUAACUUUGCACAUCCAUAUUAGCCUCCUGUUGCCUGUUACAGCACAAUCUUACAUUUGUAUUUGCACAGUUUGACUUGUAAGAAAGAUUCUUAACAGAUUUGUGCAGAUAUUUCCUUUUUUAACAAAUUUAUUACUAUAGCAUAAGAGCCGGGGAACAGAUCAAGUCUCACUUCCACUAGUUUCUUUGCUGUACACYGGUGGCCAUGACCACAGUAUGGAUUCUGACACUCUAGUCAAGAGUGUUAUAAUAACAAUUGGCAUUUAACAAUUUCUACUUCUUUUUUUCUUAGAUGCACAAAUCUGUUCAUUAAGAAGCUGUGGCUUCUGCUCUGAAUGUAGUAUUUGGCUUUUCUUUCUUUACCAGGCUUAGCAAAGUUAUUUUCUGGAUUGCCGGUCACUGUCUGAUUCACAGAUGCACCUUUCAGUUAUUUGAAUAAACAGUGUCUUUCCUCACUGAACUUCCCUCUGGUAGCGCAAGCUGCCUGCACCAUUUUUUGUUUCUGAUGAGGAUGCACCCUCUGGAGUUGAAAUCAUCAGCACAAAUUGGCCUCAUCUCUAUCACUUAAGUGGCUUGUGGAAAUUGAAUGCAUGAGUGUUGAGUAACCUCAUUGUGGAUUCAUAUGUUCAGAAACGACUGCUUCUAAAGGUGACUUCCAUGUCUACUGUCAUGCUAAGGACAGUCCAUUCAUGUCUAUAAGCAUCAACCCUUGACAACAGAGGCGUAAAAAAGCUAGCUUCGUGUGCAGUUGCUCAAGUUUAUCAAGUCCUGCCACCAAGGAAAGGGUCACGCAAGGGUUAUAAUGUAGUAUUUGUUCUGCAGCUCGUGUUGAAUGUGUGAAGUCCUCUUUGGUCUGCUCACGCUGUUAAAUUAUUUUAUCAUCAAAAACUGGUACAGUGACCUAGCGUUCAGAAGCAGAGUUAAAACUUAGUUGCCUUCUCACUCAGUGGGGCAUUGUUUAACCUCUUCUUCGUUUUACCGCUUUUUAAUGCGUUCUGAAAAAUGUCCAGAGGGAUUGAAGCAGGUGCUUUAGUUUCUGUUGAUGUGCCAAACUUGGACCAUUGUAAGCUCUACCCACAGGUUUGUGUCCCACUUGUUUGUUCGUCGGGAGUAGGUGGAUUCUGUCACUGUCAACAUCAGGUCUCUGACGCGCUUGUUUUGGCUCCACUACGUUGUCUAGAGUGGCUUGUCGCCACAGGGCAGUGGCGUGGGGGGCUGAAUUUGUCAUCUCUGGGUCUGCUGUAAAUAUGCUGAAGGAGAACAGGCCACUAGCAGUAAAUUCAACGAUUUUUGCUAUUCAAAGCUUUGUUAGAAACAGGUUCAGCGAAGUUACAGCGUUUUAAGUGGCUUUCUAUCAACCUGGCCCCACAUAGAGCUGUUGUAACUAGAUUGUGAAUCUGACAACUUGCUGUUGCUGCACUAAAAUAGAAAAAUCUUCAUGGCAACAAGGUUCAGUGGAAAAACAAAGCAACACUAACUGCUCUGUUGUCUGUCCUUGAUGUUUUUUUGGACAGGCUAAAGCAGUUGGGUUUUCUGUAUGGUUAAAAAAAAAAAAAGUGCUUUCUAUACAGAAAGUGUUGUGACACCAAUUACGAAUGUUGUUCAUUUUCAGUAGUUUACCUCUGACUUAUUUGGUGUCGUAAUACUUUGAUUUUUUUAUCUCAGGGGCUGUUUGCAAACCAAAACUGACAUGUUCUGCGUUUGGCAACGUUUACAGAGUGCUUUGUAUUGUUUUUCCUGCCCUAUCUGUGUAGUUAAAAUGUACAUCCAAUAUUAGUCUCCAUGAACUUCCCUUUGAAAGAGCCUGUAAAGUAGUAGCGUCUAUGAAGUGCUUCUUGAAGCAGCAGCGAACGGAGGUAUCUGCUCUGUAUUUAAAACAAACAAACAAAAACCUUGCUAUUUUCUUACAUUUAGCUAUGCGAAACUGUACAUAAAUGUGAGGUAAGACCAUAGGAAAUUCACUUUAUGCAUGAUAAACUAAUGCAGUCAGUAUUUCCCUUUGCUUAAUGUUCAUGUAAAGUUAAUCUUUUUCUGUUGUAGAAGAACUUAGUGCAAUUUUGUUGUCCCCUGCUGCAACUGAAGAAAUCUAAUUUCAUUUCUUACGGAUAAGGUAAAAGGCAGAUUUCUCCCUCUUGUUUUGUCUUCUCUUGCUCCCACCCACGUCCUCCGCAGUAUUAAAUGGCUGAGUGGCUGCACUUUACCAGUGUGCUCRUUUUUGGUCAGUAUAGACCUCUUCCUGUGUACAGUCUGGAUUGUCAGGCAUUGAAAAAUGUGCUGUAUCUUAGCGUGCAAAGCAAUUGUAUGUUUUACUGGGAACUCUUUUUUUUUUUUUUUAGCUAUUUUGCUUUCUGCAAGUGGAAGAUGAUAAGUGGUAUGUUCAGCCUAGGCAUCGGAUACUGGGUACUGCAGGCUUUUCUAAUACCAGUAUGGUUGUUUUGUGCAGUCUUUGUUGCACCUUUGCUCAAUACUAUAUAGGCUGAACUUUGAAGGACUCUGAACUAUACCUCAGUGAACUGUUCUAAUGUCCAUUAGAAUGAAAGUCAUGCAAUUAUUAUUCAUUAAGCAGYCAAUGUAAUUGCAGUUAUUACUCAUAAAGCGACAAAUGUAUUUCUGUCUCGCUACAAAAAUUGUCAUAAACUUUUUAGGAAAGGCAGACUUUUUUUUUGUGGAUUUUGAUGAAACAGAACUGCUGUUUAUGCUGUUGAUUUUUAUUCUUUAUGGAACCUUUGGCACCACGUCUGUGCAAUGUAUCUUGACCGAGCUUUUUUCCUAAAUGGUUUUAGAAAAACAAAAGAAAAAAAAUGGUCUUGGGGCUUCUCAACUUUAGCUUUUAGUCUGUGCUCAGCAAAAAUGCACCAAGUGUUUUUGUUGAGUAGAUUUAGAGUGUUCAAUUUAGUUACUAGUUGUCCUGAAGUAUUGUAUUAUUGUUAAAACUUAAACCACUCAUGGAAGCUGACACGGCUCAUUAUUGGKGGUGGGAGAGGGUUGUUCUCAAGAAUGAUGGAUUAGUUUUUCAGAAUUGCAGGAUUUUAUUUUAUUUUUUUUUUCUGAGUUUUUCUUGGCAAAUGUAUUUCCCAUCGUAAGCACAUUUCCCCUCCUGGUCUGCUAAAGUCGAGUGAAUCAAGUCAGUCAUUCUUGCAAUUGAAAAUAGGAGUCUUAAGUACGCAUACUGCAUUAAAAAUUGUGAAUGGGUAAUGAUUUGAAAGCUAUGUGAAUAAUAUGUAAAAUGCCUAAAUGUGUUAUUUGUGGAAAUGCAUCUGUUAUCUGUUUAAAUGUAACUGAAAUUUUGCAAAGUUACCCUUCCUGAGGGUUAGCUUGUAGCCAAUAAGUCUCGUUCCGUUCACUGAACUGCUUGUGCCACUCUUGUUCUUAUAAAUAAAACUUGUAUUUCUCCCUGCCACCAAAGCAGGAUUUCCAUUAAUUUUUCUUUCCGGUGAAUUUAACUAUUUUAGUGUAUUCC